AUGACAUCUACAUCUGCUGCUCCUGCUGCUUGUGUAACAUCUACAUCUGCUGCUCCUGCUGCUUGUGUAACAUCUAUAUCUGCUACUAAAACAACUGACGUGGUGGCUUCACCCGUCGCCUCCCCAGCUGUCGGCUGCGAGGGACGUGCGUCCGCUCUCGCUACCGUAACCGCUCGUGUCGUCCCAUCGCUAGGUGGCGCCACCGUCAUCGCCGACGCUACGCGAGACGUCGCAGAGUUUACGACGGAGGCGAUUGCGUCAUCGACGAGGUGUGACGACCCGCCUCGCGCCGUGGAUGCUAUUCCGCCCGCAUCACGGGAGGCUGAGGAGCGAGCGGGGAUGCUAGAGGAGCGCACCUCUCCUUCGUCGCUCGGCGGGACCUGUGCCCCAGCAGGGGGCGCUGAUGGGAGUCCCCCGCCCGGAGCAGUGGCGCCCUCUGUGGCGGCGAGAGAGGCGAGAGAGCUGGCGGCGAUGAUGCAGGAGAUGAGGAUCAAGAAGAAGGAGCGGCAGAGAGUGCGCGCGGUGAAGGGGACGUGGCUGAGAAGGAAGCUGAGUCGGCGACGGACGAAGGGGAGGAGCCUGAGGGAGGUCGUGAGCGGAGCCGUGCCAGGAGGCGCCACCGUGCAGCAGUUCGAGUCGUGCGGUGGCAGCACCGUCACUCUCUCGGUAACCUCUGCAUCGGCCGAAGAAUAUCGAUUCAACUGUUUGGAGCACUUCAGCCGAGCGCUGUGUGAUAAUGCAGAGGGCGCUAGGAUAGCUGACGGCGCGCUGCUUGUUUUCGCAGUCGAUAGCACCGUAGGCAAGCAGGAGUUCUGCAGGGCCCUGAUGGACAGCCCAGGUGUAGACCCAAAGCUCAUCUCCAUGCGCUGGGUGUACAACCAUUACCGGUGGAUCGUGUGGAAGCUAGCAGCACUAGAAGUGGCUUUUCCGCAGCAGUUUGCAGGCUGGUGCCUGACUCCGGAUGUCGUGAUGCACCAGCUCAAGUACCGGUACGACGUUGAGAUCGACGCGGCGACGCGGCCGACCCUGCGGCGAAUCACCGAGCGGGACGACGCGCCCGGCAAGACCAUGGUGCUCUGCGUCAGCUCAGUGGCGCCCUCUCUCGUGGAUCGCGCGGCGACCGUUCUCUCACGGUCGGAUGCCGGCGUCCAGGGAGCGACCCCCGCGACCGGGGCGGUGUCGGCCGGCGUGCAACUGACCGACGGAUGGUAUAGCAUCAGAGCCGUACUGGACGCCCCGCUGACCGCGCUCGUGCGGGCCGGACGCGUUGCCGUGGGAGACAAGCUGUGCAUUCAGGGAGCCGAGCUCACCGGCACAGCCGACGGAUGCCACCCACUCGAGGUCACGAACGAUGUCGCGCUGAAACUGUCGGCGAAUUCGACACGCAGGGCGCGCUGGGACUCACGCCUCGGCUACCAGCAGGGGGCAGGCCGGCCCUUCGCCGUGCCACUCCGCUCUCUGUACGCGGACGGAGGUGUCGUUAGCUGCCUGGAGCUGAUCGUAUGCAGAACCUACCCACUACAGUACAUGGAGAAGAUGCCAGAUGGCAGCACGGUGUUCAGGAGUGAGAAAGCUGAGGCGAGUGCGGCGUCUGCUCAUGCUGUUCAUCGACAGAGGAAGCUAGAAGAUCUCUACGCUAAGCUACUGCGGGAGCAGGAAAAACAAGACGUGCCGAGGAGAGCAGGGAUGCGAGGCUUCGAGCGGCAGCAGAUAGAAGCCCUGCGCACAGGCGAGGAGAUUCACAACGCACUCGCGGAAGCUGGAGAUCCGGCCAUCGUCAGGGCGCGCUUGGACGGCCACCAGGUGUCGCUGCUGGAGACCUACGCGCAGCAGCUGCAGGAGCGGAGGCGAGGCGAGAUGGAGGAGGCGUUGAUGAGAGCCCAGGAGGAGGAGGAGGAGAAGCAGCAGAUGCCCAUGAGGAGGAACUCAGUAUCGCUCUACAGGGUUCGAGUGAUCGGCGUUCACCCACACGACGUGCAGAAGAAAACAGAUGCGAUGCUGACGGCUUGGAGACCAGGAGAGGAGCUGCUGCAGCUGCUGAGUGAGGGGCGCCCUCUACGUGUCUUCUACCUGGGCGUCUCUGCGUCCAGGUCCAGAUUUACCUCGUCUGCGGUGCAGUUGACGACGACUAGGGCGACGCGGUACGAGGAGAUGACAUUAAACCUGCACACCCUCUGUGACAUCUAUCAGCCAAGACACGCGGUUCCCCUCUCGCAGCUACACUCAGCACGAGUGUUCGCGCACGAUGAAGUGGACGUGGUCGGACUCGUGGUGCACGUGGCGCUACCUGGUGGCGUCGGCCGGGACGCGGGAAGUGGCAGAGUCGUGCAGACGGCGUAUCUCUGCGACGGCAGCGCAAACUUCCUCGCAGUGAAGUUUUGGGGCGGACUACAGAGGCAGGGAUGCCCGACGAAACGGUGAAGGCGGGUGCGGGGGAGUUU